UGAAAAAAAAAAUUUUUAAAGUGUCGAAUGGAUAAUUUUAUGAUGUUCGCAUAAACGAACUCUUUGAAUUUUAUUUUAUUAUAUUUUUUUUUUUAAAAAAAAGUUUAAAAGUUGAGGAGAAAAAAAUUUUACAAACUUUUUUUUUUUGUUUAGUUAUUUUUUGAGUGAAUUAUCAUUGACAAGUGUUAUAACUCAGUGUAUUGGAAUAAUGAAGUUACGAGUAUGCUCAGGUAGAUAGAAAACAUAAAGGAUCAGCCAGAGAAUGGAUCCAACAUCCCUGCUGCUGCUUCUCAUUGCUUGCAGUUGCGUUGCAGUACUUGGUCAACAGGGACCAGUUUUUAUUGUCGAACCACCUAGUACUCUUGUAUUUUCAAAUACAACUGGAUCACAAUUAAGUUGUGCAGCACAUGGUAGUCCAACUCCUCAUGUUACUUGGAUAACAAGUCCAGAUCAAAGAACAGUUACAGCAGUUCCAGGUCUAAGACAAUUAUUGGGCAAUGGAACACUUUACUUUCCACCAUUUCUUGCUCAAGAUUUUCGUGCUGAAGUACACAAUGCUCGAUAUCGAUGUCGUGCGACAAGUUCAGUUGGCACUGUAUUGUCACGAGAAGUUACACUUCGUGCCGUGUUGACUGUACCGGGUUAUGAUAUUCGAGUGAAUAGAUCACCAGUUGCUGAGGGAUGCAAUGCAGUUUUGUCAUGCACUGCAAGAGAAGAUGUCAAAGAACAUUUGACUGUGACAUCAUGGUAUCGUGAUGAUGCCAUUUUGCUGCCUGGUAGUAUUGACACAGGUGGUAGAUUCGUUGUGACGUCACAGGGUGAUCUUCAUAUUAGAAAUACCAAAGUGGAAGAUGGAAGAGUGACAUACUGGUGUUUAACUUUGCAUACAUUAACUGGUGAAAGACGAAAAAGUGAACAUGUCACAUUGACAGUAACUGAACCAAAUGGAUCAAUGCCACCAAGGUUGAUGCAACGUUCUCAAAUUGCAAUAUCUGCUGAACGAGGAUCAGACGUACAUUUAACAUGUUCUGCUCAAGGCAGUCCACCACCAACUUUCACCUGGUACCGAGAUGUUAAUGGACAUCCAGUACCUGUCGAAUCAUAUGGGAGAAUUCAACUCUGGGGUGAUUUGAUGCAAAUACGUCGUGUUGAUGCUCUUGAUGCCGGCAGAUAUAUAUGCCGUGCAACAAAUCAAUUUGGUGAACAAAGAGCAGAGACACAUUUAUCAGUAACAUCAAAAUUAAAUGCUAGAAUACAACCACGACUUCAAGUUGUCAAUUCAGGUGAUGCGGCAACAAUGAAUUGCAGUGUUGAAGGCUAUCCAGUUGAAUCUGUUGAGUGGUUACAUGAUGGUGUUCCUGUAUUAACAGUUCAAGACACAAGAAUUCGUUUAUUAGUUCCACUUGUACUUGUUAUUGGAUCAGUUGGUCGUAGAGACAAAGGAAUGUAUCAAUGUUUAGUAAGAAGUGAUAAAGAAAAUGCUCAAGCAACUGCUGAACUUAAAUUAGGUGAUACAAUACCUGAAUUACAAUAUACAUUUAUAAAACAAGCAUUGAGACCUGGUCCACCAGUGUCAUUAAGAUGUUCAGCAUCUGGUUCACCACCACCAUCAUUUACCUGGCUACUUGAUGGUGAACCUCUCAAUGAAAUUACCCAAAGUCACAGAUAUGCAAUUGGUCAGUAUGUUGAUCAAUCUGGUGAUGUAAUCAGCCAUUUAAAUAUAACAUCAGUUGGUACAGAAGAUGGUGGAUUGUAUGCUUGUGUUGCUAGAAAUACUCUGGCUGCAAUUGAACACAAAUCACGUUUAAAUAUUUACGGACCACCUUAUAUUCGAUCAAUUGGUCCUAUACGAGCAAUUGCUGGAGAUGAUACAACCAUUGCUUGUCCCUACUCAGGCUAUCCAAUAACAUCAGUUGAAUGGUCAAGAAGUGGUAUUCAAUUGCCACUGGAUAUGCGUCAUCGUAUUGACACUGAGGGAUAUGUCACAAUAACAAGUAUUGAUCCAAAUGAUGCUGGUUCUUAUACAUGCACAGUUAGAGCAUCAACUGGUGAAACAGCAAGUCGUGAUAUUAAAUUAACAGUUAGCAGUCCACCUGUUAUGAGUCCAUUUGGAUUUCCACCAAGUUUACAAGAAGGAAGUAGAGCUCAAGUUACAUGUAGUGUAACGUCUGGUGAUCUUCCUAUAUAUUUUUCAUGGCUAAAAGAUGGUGAACCAUUACCUUCAUCUCUCAGGAUUGAAGAAAGAGCUGCUGAAUUUUUUAGUUUAUUAGUAUUCAAGGAACUUUCAUCACGUCACAGUGGAAAAUAUACGUGUGUUGCAACAAAUAGUGCUGCUAAGGUAAAUCAUACUGCUGAAUUGUUAGUAAAAGUAGCACCACAAUGGACAUUUGAGCCACAAGAUGUUGCUAGUCUUCUUGGUAAUCCUCUUAAUAUACACUGUGAAGCUAAAGGAUUUCCUCCACCAAGAAUAACUUGGCUAAGAGGAAGAGGAAGAAGCUCAAAUGAUUAUCAACAAUUAAGUAAUUCAUUAGAUAGUAGAAUAACAAUUUUAGCUAAUGGUUCACUUUGGACAGCAUCUGCUGGUCCUCAAGAUGAAGGACAUUAUCUUUGUCGUGCUAAUAAUGGUAUUGGCUCUGGUCUAAGCAAAGUUAUUUACAUAUCAGUUAAUGAACCAGCAAGAUUUGAAGUUAAAAGUAAAAAUGUAACAAUAAGAAGAGGUGAAUCAGUAACACUUGAUUGUACUGUUAUUGGUGAUGAUCCAAUUAAAAUUCAAUGGAUACAUAAUAAUGAACACUUAGAUACAAAUGAUCAUAGAUUAAGUAUAAGCCAAGUUAAAACAGACGAUGGAUUAAAAUCACAAUUAUCAGUUUGUAACAGUGACAGACAAGAUUCAGGAAUUUAUCGAUGUAUGGCUGAUAAUGCAUAUGGAAGAAGUGAACAUUUAAUCUACUUUGCAGUGCAAGAACGUCCUGAUCCACCAACAGCAUUAGAAAUAAUUGAAAUUGGCUCAAGAUCAAUUAGGCUAUCAUGGAAAAAAUCAUUCAAUGGAAAUAGUCCAAUAAGAAAUUAUAUAAUUCAAUAUCGAGCAUUGGGACAUGGUCUAGCUGAUGACUGGGAACCAUCAAAAACUCACAAUGUUACAUUUACACCUGGUAGCUCAAAUAUUGGUGGUGGAUCAAGCAAUCCUACACAAAAUGAUUUAUCAAAAUAUGAAACAAGUGAUGAUAGUCAAGAAAUAGCUCUUGUUGGUGGUCUUCAUCCAGCUGUAACAUAUACAUUUAGAAUAUUUGCAAUAAAUUCAAUUGACGCUAGUGAACCAACUGAUCCAGUUGUUGCUAAAACACAAGAGGAAGCACCAACAGAACCACCACAAAAUGUCAAAGUACAAUCAGCCGGUCCAGGUGAGCUUGUUGUUGAAUGGCAAACACCACCAAAGGAGUCUUGCAAUGGUGACUUGCUUGGAUAUAUUGUGACCUGGUUUGAGCACUCUUCAGCAACGUCUGAUGUUAACCAGAGCAAAAGUUUAACUGUCAAUGGCUGGGCAACAACUAAAGUUCAACUUACGGGACUUAGAAAAUUUACUAAAUAUGAUAUUUCUGUUCGGGCAUUUAACAGCAUUUCAAGUGGUCCUUCUAGCUCUUUCAUCAUUGGUACUACCCAGGAAGGAGUGCCAGAAGCUCCGCCGAGCCAGGUAACAUGCUCACCUUUAUCAUCUCAAAGUGUUAAAGUAUCAUGGGGUUUACCACCAGCUCAUCUACAUGGUGGUAUUAUUCAAGGAUACAAAAUUUAUUAUCGACCAGUACCAACUGAUAACAUGGAAAUAUCAACUGUCGGUGAAGUAAAACGUACAUCAAGUGAAGAAACUUAUCUUCAUACACUUUAUAAAUUUACAAAUUAUUCAAUACGAGUAUUGGCAUACACUGGAGCUGGUGAUGGAGUUUUAAGUUCAGCAAUUUAUUGUACAACUGAAGAAGAUGUUCCUGGACCACCUGCGGGUAUUAAAGCUCUUGCAUUAACUGCUGAAAGCAUUUUGGUGUCGUGGUUACCACCUUUUCAACCAAAUGGCAAAGUUUCACAGUAUACAAUUUACAGUAAAGAAACUGGUACAAGUCGUCAUAAUACCCAUAUAAUGCAUGAACCACCAAGCUCACCAACAGACACACUCACCAUGGAAUUACGUGGUUUAACUGAAAGCCAAUUGUAUGAAUUUUGGGUAUCAGCAACAACUGGUCUUGGUGAAGGUGAACCAACAACAAUUGUAACACAAACAACAAACACACGUGCACCAGCUCGUAUUGCAUCAUUUUCACAAUUUCUUCGUCGUGCUGUUAAAUCAUCAGUAACUUUAUCAUGUCUUGUUGUUGGUAAUCCAACACCAAGACCAAUUUGGACAUACAGAAGUGUACAAUUAUCAACUGGUCGUCAAUAUGAAAUAACAGCUGAAGGUCAUUUAAAUAUUCAUGCAGUUGAACAAUCAAUUGCUGGUAAUUAUACUUGCUCAACAAAUAAUUUAUUUGGUGAUGAUUCAAUAACAUAUACAUUGGUUGUUGUAAUGCCACCAAAAGCACCACAACUUGAGCUUCAAUAUACAACAACUCACAGUGCUAAAUUUAGAUGGAUACAUCCAAAUAAUGGUGGUGCAACAAUACAAGGAUAUGUAUUGAGUUAUAAAAAAGAUCAAGGUGGCUGGGAAGAAAUAAUGCUUUCACCAGAACAAACUGAAUUUACCUUGAAUGGAUUAAAAUGUGGCUCAUCAUAUGUUGCACAUUUAACAGCUCAUAAUAGAGUUGGAACUGGUGAUCCAAGUGCUUUAAUAAGUGCAACAACUAAAGGUACUGCACCACCAUUACCAAAAGACAAAGAUAUUAUUAUUGCAAAUUCAACAUCAGUUAGAAUUAAUUUACUAUCAUGGCCAAAUGGUGGUUGUCCAAUUCAUUAUUAUACAAUUGAAUAUAAACGACGUAUUAAUACUGAAUCUUGGAUACUUGUUGCUAGUAAAGCAACUGAAAAUCUUAACAUACGAGAUCUUAAACCAGCUACUUGGUACAGCUUAAGUUUAACAGCACACAAUGAUGCUGGAUCAACACAAACUAAAAUUGAUUUUUCAACUACAACAUUGAAUGGAAUAAGUAUUGGACCACCAGAUGAUCUUGUUAUGGAUGAUGAACAUGACAUUGAACCACAUAGUCAUAAAAUUUUUUAUAUUAUUAUUCCAUUUAUUUGUGUUAUUAUAUUAAUUAUGUCAGCAAUUAUUUUGGGCUACGUUGUGCUAAAAAAAAAUGAAAGAUCAAAUUAUUUAAGUGGUAUUUUACCGGGUCAAGUUAGUGGACAAAGUGAUCUUGAUUCAAAUCAACAUAUGGAACAUCAAUCACAUCAUUUAUCCAGUUGUAUGUCAACUGUUCAAUUAAAAUCUACUGCUGAACGUGAUAAUAGAAAAAAUCAUCAAGUAUAUACAAGCUCACCGGUCAAGCAGGACAGUCACAAAACUUCUGAUCAUAGUUCAGAAAUGUAUGAAAUUAGUCCAUAUGCUACAUUCAGUGUUCCUGGGAGAGACAAUAGAGCUGUUACAACAGCAACACUUGAUUAUACCAUGCAAUUUAAGACUUUUGGACAUUUAGAAAAUGAAGAUAUUAAUAUGAUUAAUUAUGAAAGAUCUUCAAUUGAUUUUGAAAGAUCAAAAGCAUCAAGAUGGCAUAAGCAAAGAUAUUUUCCAAGUAUUGCUGAGGCAGAGGGUAAAAUACGACCAAGUCAUCCAGGAUCAGGAAGUGAUACUUCUGUUUCACCAUGUGGUGAAUGUGCUGGACCAAGUUAUAGAGUUCCAGUUAAACCUUGCAGAGAUGCAUUCUCACGAGGUAUUGAGUCAAGUACUGAAUCAAAUAAUGAGGGUUCACCAUCACUCGGUCGAAGACGCAGUCGACAACCGAGUCGAUCUUCUCGCAGGUAGCCAAGUUCGGUGGAGGACAUGACAUUGUUGCCACCAAGUGGCUUCAGUGACGGUCGUGAAUUGAGCGAAGCAGAGUGUGAUCGUGACUGUGCUUGGCAAAGAUUAACAACACAUCAUGGUGGAAGUCUUGGACGUUUAUCAGUUGAAGCUGCUGAAACUUUAAUUUCUAGAUAUAAACAAAAAACAGAACAAGAAAAAUUAGAAUUUACAAUACACGUGUGAUUGUUGUGGACAAAUUUAAUUAUCAAAUUUUUCAAGAUGACUACACUUCCAAA